AGCAGCUAAAUACUUUGAGGGAUUCAAAAGGCUGCAAAGCCAAAGAUACAGUGUUCUUCCUUUUAUCCCUCUGAGAGAAGGAACGCAGCCUGAUGAACAACUAAAGGAGGACAGCAGUUCUGUCUCCCAGUACAGCUAUUUGAAGGUUGAUUUAGGUAUCAUGUCAGCUAACAACUACAGUGAACACCACCAGAACCAAUCAAGAGAUAUUAUCAAGAUAAUGCUGGAGAGAACUGUUUGUCCGCAAAGGAUUUAUGGGAUGCAAGAGGACUGUAAUCUGUGCCUUGAACCAGAUACUUUGAUAUUAAUUGCUGGAGGGCAUUUAGAAGGCCAUCUUAGUGAAGAUGUAUUCCAGAAAAUUUCCCUCAUUCUUCUCUAUUUUAUCACUCAUCAAAAAGACAUCUGUUCAUCAACUCUCAGUUUGAGGGACAGGGACUAUAAUUUUUACCUGAGCAGUAUGCUCAAUUUAAGAAGCAAUGAAGACUGCCAUUAUUUCUCUUGGAAUGAAACUGAAGACGUAGUGGAGGCAAUAAGGAAACACUUUAAAAUAUCUGAAAACCAGUGUGUUCACAUAAGUGUUCUGGAAAGAGAAGCUGGCUUCCUGAACAGCAGUGGUGUUGAUGAAAAUACAGUUCCACGGCUGGCUGCUGCCAUUCUCACAUUGGCUCUGCGUGGAGUCUGCCUGACUAAAACACGUUUACCUUCACCAGAAUUCUUUAUGCAAUAUAUUCUCACUUCUUUAAACAGCACUAAGGAACUCCAUGUAACAGGAAUAGACCAACUCCUGAGCAUGCUAAGGGCUAAAAGGAAUUGCAGCAACAAUAGACAAAACCACUGUGGCAUAACUAUGAGAGAUGCUGAGUAUCUCAACAUUCCAGUUGCCACAAGGCCAAAGAAUGGGAAUGCAGUGAGCAGUUAUCAUGAAGAAAAUGGAAACUCUGUUGAGUGGGAGCAGUAUUGCUUCUCUGCAAAUGAGCUUGUGAAGAUAUUUUUUCAUGAAGGUCUCCCAUCAAUUUCUAAGGAACAUUUCAUGUUAAUGAGCCCAGCAAUCAUUCAACAAUUACUAAGCUGUUCUUGCAAGCUUAUGGAAUCCAAGCAGAUAAAACCUCUACCAACAUCUCUGGAAAAAUAUGGCUAUAGCACACUUGCAGUUUUACUUAUUACAAUUGGAUCUAUGUUUGGCACAGCUCUCAUUCUAUUCAAUUCCUGUCAAGAAUGUUACACCCUCAUUUUACAGCUAUUUGUGGGGUUAGCUGUAGGAACCCUCUCCGGAGAUGCCCUACUACAUCUUAUUCCACAGGUUCUUGGUUUACAUACACAUGACAUUCAAGAGGCUGGGGAUUUCUAUGAAGGUAAUGCAUAUGUUUGGAAGAUGCUGGCUUUGAUUGGAGGAAUCCAUGGUUUUUUUCUGAUUGAAAAGGGAUUUGUUCUUUUGGUGUCACCACAUAAGCAUCAUUGUCCUGAAGAUUCUGAGUCUCCUGAAAUUUCUCCAGACAAGAAGGCAGCCAUCAGGAAAUGUCAAGGAAUUAGUUUAUUAGCCAUUAUGAUUCUAGUGGGUGACAGUCUUCACAAUUUUGCUGAUGGCUUAGCCAUUGGUGCAGCAUUUUCAUCAUCAACAGAAAUGGGUGUGACCACAACAAUUGCUAUAUUAUGCCAUGAAAUUCCCCAUGAGAUGGGAGAUUUUGCAGUACUGUUAAGUACAGGGCUUUCUUCAAAGAUUGCCAUUUUAAUGAACUUCAUAAGUGCUCUAACUGCUUUCAUAGGACUUUACAUUGGCCUUUCAAUAUCGACAGAUCCUUGCAUUCAAAACUGGAUAUUUACUGUCACCGCAGGAAUGUUUUUGUACUUAUCAUUAGCAGAAAUGCUUCCUGAAAUGACUCACAUUCAGACACAGCGGCCCUGGCUGAUGUUUCCCCUGCAGAACUUUGGAUUGCUAUUAGGUUGGUUCUUCCUUUUACUUCUAGCGAUAUAUGAACAGAAGAUUAAAAUAUAG